AUGUCGCUCGAUCGUAGCCAUGCAAAGGCGGAGGUACAACAGCGCGAAGACCACAUUGAGGAGGCGACCAGAGCGUACGAGGAGCAGGAGGCAAUGGCGAAGGGGCUAUCCAAGAAGGUCAAGCAAUUGGAGAAGGAGCUCGUGGACUGCAGAGAGGAGAACUUCUCCUUCGAGCGACAGCUCGUCUCUGCCUGCAAGCAAAUCCAAAGGGUCCAAGGUCAGGUCAGCGAGGAGAUACAGAAAAAGGAGGAGGAGCUGGCCAAGGCGGAGGACAUACGCGACGAGCUCGAGCACGAACUCCUCGAAAAAAGGGAUGAGCGAACGAUGGCGGUGCGCAAGGCAGACAAGCUCGACAUCUUGGUGCGCAAGUUGACCGCCGAGCUGUCAGAGCUGCGACAGUCGUCGAGCGAGCCGAGCGAUGAGUCUCUAAGCUUGAGCACGGAGCAGGAGCGAUCUGGCUACACGUCAAUUGCGGAUACUGAUGAUGUAGAGCAAUCUCGCGUCGCGUUCCUCACGGAUACUGAUCAUUUGGAGCAACCUCGCGUCGCGUCCCUCACCGCGACCAUCCGGACAGCCUUCUUGGCCACUCCUGAGGAGCUACAGCAGCUCUGUGAAAUGCUAAGACCUGCCUUGAAGAAGUCUCAAGGGCACCAGGCCAAGAACAAAAUUCUGGACUGGAUCAAGGCUGUACCUGGGGCACGAGAGUCAAGAUUGGUCGAUGUAUCUUCAAGAGCCAAGCUGACUCCACAGCCUGCAAGCCACCAUUGCAAUGGCAGGAAGCUCAAGCGCGGCUACAGAGGGUGA